GCUUGGAAGGGGUGAGGGUGUGAGAGCUCUGUUCCUCUCCUCCACCCCAAACUCCCCCAACUGACCAACUCUUGGAAUCCAUUGGCUCCCUUCCAUACACUCCACCUCCCAAAUGCCAUCCUAGUCCAGAUUAGACCCCUUGGCCCCACCCUCGCUGACCUAAUAAGGCCAUGCAAUGUGUGGGGGACAAUUAUAAAAGGCAGGAGGGACUCUGCAAGCUGGGGAGAGAAGUUAAGAGUCUUCCUUCCAGUGCCCAGUAAGAAGACAGAGCACCAUGGCCAAAGAAUGGGGCUAUGCCAGCCACAAUGGUCCUGACCAUUGGCAUGAAAUUUACCCCAUUGCCAAGGGGGACAACCAGUCCCCCAUUGAGCUGCAUUCUAAAGACAUCAAGCAUGACCCCUCUCUGCAGCCCUGGUCUGUAUCCUAUGACCCAGGCUCUGCCAAGACCAUCUUGAACAAUGGGAAGACCUGCAGGGUGGUGUUUGAUGACACUUAUGAUAGGUCGAUGCUGAGAGGUGGUCCUCUCACUGGACCCUAUCGUCUUCGCCAGUUUCAUCUUCAUUGGGGAUCUUCGGAUGAUCAUGGUUCUGAGCACACUGUGGAUGGAGUCAAAUAUGCAGCAGAGCUUCAUUUGGUUCACUGGAAUCCAAAGUAUAACACUUUUGGAGAAGCUCUAAAGCAACCUGAUGGAAUAGCUGUGGUUGGCAUUUUUCUGAAGAUAGGACGUGAGAAAGGCGAGUUCCAGCUGGUUCUUGAUGCACUAGACAAAAUUAAAACAAAGGGCAAGGAGGCUCCUUUCACCAACUUUGAUCCAUCCUGCCUGUUUCCCGCUUGCCGUGACUACUGGUCUUAUCAUGGCUCCUUCACCACACCUCCCUGUGAAGAAUGUAUUGUGUGGAUCUUGCUCAAAGAGCCCAUGACUGUGAGCUCUGAUCAGAUGGCCAAACUGAGGAGUAUCUUCUCCAGUGCCGAGAAUGAACCCCCGGUGCCUCUGGUGGGGAACUGGCGCCCCCCUCAGCCCAUCAAAGGCAGAGUGGUGAGAGCAUCCUUCAAGUGAGACCCAGGCUCUCCUCCCUCUUCAGGAAAGGAAAUUUGUCCUGGGAGAGUCAGCUUCCUUGCUCCUUUCUGUGCUCCUGACUCUAAGCAAUUCUCAGCUUUCUACACUGAGCAAAAAAAGGGGAGAGAUGCAAUAACCAAGAAGCCAGAUUUUCUUUUAGCCAAGGCUAGUAUCAAAAUAUUUGGAUUUUUCAAUCUCAUCUUUCCCCUAAAAGUAGGAUUUUUUUUUCUAGUAAGGAUUCAAAGAAGAAAUAAGCAGAAAAGUCAAGAUACUGGAGAAAUGGCCUGUGGGUACCAUUUAUUCUGUCAUCUAAAAUUUCACAGAGCUUGCAUUUUUCUAUUUUCAUAGUCCAAGCUCUUCAUCUCAAGGAAAUAAUACAUAACUCUAUAUCUAGUGUAGAGAUAUAUGAAGAUCAAAACUGCAAACAAGUAUACAAAAAGAUAUUCAAAUAAA